CCCCUCUCACGCCCCUGCCGCCGCCAGGUAAGGAUCCCACGCGCCCUGCCGACGCCAUGGCCGUGCCGAGCUCAAGCUUGAGCCCGGUCUGUUCAAAGCCUUCCUCGUCCGUUAGUCGACGCAAGGGUGACCUCCUCGGCGACCGCCGUCUGCUGCUACCUCGCCCGCGUCCACCCAGUCCACGCAGCUUCUUCCACGACGUCCCCUUCUUCCUCUGCUUCGUCUUCUUCACGGAUCAGAGAAACGCCAAGUUCAGCGAGCUCCUCAUCGCCUCCGUCGCCUAUCCAUCCGAUCUAUCAUCGUCGGCACCCCUGUGCCUGUAGGUGCCGUUGAACUGUGGAGAUGACGCUACCAAGCUCAAGGAGGAGCUCGAUGAAGAUCUUGUCCUUUGUGUUUUUCGUUCUAGUUGAUCAGUAGUGGAGCCCAAUUGGGGUCGAUCGGGGACCUUGUCGCUUUUGGGGUUUUUCUUUUAUUUUGGCUCCGUAGUCGGGCCCUGGUUGUACUUGGAUGAUGUAAUGCUUUAUUCAUGUAAUUGUGUGAAGUGGCGAUUGUAAGCCAACUAUGUAUAUUUCUCCUUAUUGUAUUACAUGGGUUGUUUGUGAAUAUUACCUCACUUGCGACAUUGCUUUCAAUGCGGUUAUGUCUCUAAGUCGUGCUUCGACACGUGGGAGAUAUAGUCGCAUCGAGGGCGUUACAUGCCGCCUCGGGGCCCUCCGCAUGCUCCAGUGGAAGAGGGUGAUGCGGAAGACGUGCUCAGGCACGCUCGGGAGCGACGCGCCCUUCGCGGAGAGUUCCUCCAGAGAGCGGUGGAUGCGGUGAGCCGGAUCGGGGCAGAGCUUGCUGACGAGGAUGCGCGCCUCGAGGCCGAAGGUUUGCGCCUUGUUGAGGAGAGGUGCAAACUAAAGGUAGCCAUCGCCCUCGCGCGUCACCAACGUGAUCUCGAAAACGCGAAGGCUGAAGCGUCGCUGGCAGCUUCACGCGAGGCAUACUCCCAGGCCGUCGAGGAGGCUCGGGAAGCAAAUCGACGACGCAAGGAUGCGGAGGAGCGCGCAUGGGAGCUCCUGGCCUGGGGCAACUCCCUGGAGAAGCAAGUGGAACUGCACCAGGCGGCCCUUGAGUCGAUGGAGGGGGCCCCUGUCGAUCGGGCGAAGCUUCUGAAGCACGAGGAGGCACUGACGCUGGAGGCCGCUGAGCGCAACCUUGAUCUCAAGCGGUUGGAGACGAGGGAGCGCCUGGUGUCUCGGGCGGAGGAUGACGUUGCCGUGCGCGAAGCCCGGGCCCAGGAAGAAGUCAAUCGCCGCGUGGCGGAAGCUCGCUCGGCCUUCGAGCACGAAUACGAGACAAGGUUGGGGCUGAUCAAGGCCGAGGCUGAGGGCAGGACCGCUGCCCUCAGGGCCAAACUGGCCGAAGUGAGGCGGCGUGCGGAAUCCUCCACAGCCGCCCUCAGCGCAGCACAAGCGGAGCUGUCCUCUUCCCGGGCCGAGCAGCUUCUUCUCCGUCAGAGGGUUGAUGACGCCGAGGCCAUCGCGCAACGGAAUGAGGACGAGAUCCAUCGACGACGGGUUCUGGAGCGUGAGAAUGCCCCCAUGCUUCACACGCUUAGAGAAAGGGCCAACACAGCUUUGGGCAACAUCUGCGAGGCUGCCGCUAAGGAGCCGCACGAGGUCAACUACACCGGCAACCUCCAAUUUUUCACCGAUGUGGUUACGCUUCUGGAGAACCGCUCCGAAAGGUCCCGUUGGCUUGAGAGAGGAGCCGAGCCUUGCUCGGGCGUGCAUUCUCCCGCGUCUUCAGCUAUCUGCUUGACAGGGACCCCCACUUUGACUUGGACGCUGCCAUCGCACCCGUGCCCAUAGCCGUCCGGGGUGCCCUGGCGCGAUGGGUUGAGGAUAAUGUGGACGCCCUCGUCAGGGCCUUUACGUAUGAUGAUGAUGGCGUGGUCGUGGCCGCCAAUGAAGGCGGUGUUGUGGACGAGCCUGGCGCUGACAGAGAUGCUGGCGGCGGCGGCGACAAUGUUAACGACGCCAGCGAUGCCUCCGAGGAUGCCCAAGAAGACGCGAUGAGUGAUAUGUCCGAGUGACCGCAUGUCACUGUUGUUUAUCCUGCACGAAGAAGGUUUGGGCUUGGCCCUGAAGAAUGUAAGAGCAUUUUGGGAGGGGUAGCCCCUCAUGUAAAGGUUUGCAAUUAGUACCCUGGUAAGUAUAACGUUGCGUGUGAACUUAGCAACUGGCCUGGUGAUGAGUCAGCUGACUUGUGUACCUUCCGACCCCGACGAGUCUUGGGCGGGCCUGCGGGGGCCGCCGUACCUCGGCUGUCGCCUGAUUAACUUGUAGAUUCCGCGAUGAGGACCUCCGGAGAGGGUGCGGUAACAGCGGUCCCGGCUGUAAAACGUGCCUGGCCCGGGCCCAGCUCGCGAGGGGCUCGCGAGGGGGGGGGCAGUCGAUGCUAACUUUGGAUGCAAAGCCGAAACCAGAGCACGAGAGAUUGCUCGAACGAGACUAAACACCCCUUCCCCCAAACACACUCAAGCAUCAAGCUCAAAUCCAACUUAAAUCCAAAUCGAAGAACUUGUCAACAAGGA